UUUAAUGAUUAGACCACUCUCAGAUACUGCGAAGAAGCUGGAAUAAAGCAUUCGUCAACAUUGAACAGCUCCGCUCUUACUCCACAACACAAAACCGCGUCACAAAACUCACUAUAAAUACUUCAUCUACCAGUGUGCUUCUUCUUCAGACAUCUCUCAGUUUCUCUCUUUGGUCUUAAUAUUACAAGAAAACAAAUAAAAAUCAAAUUUUUACAGCAAUGGGAGUCAAAAGUUUCGUGGAAGGUGGGAUCGCCUCUGUAGUCGCCGGCUGCUCCACUCACCCUCUCGAUCUCAUCAAGGUUCGCCUUCAGCUCCACGGCGAAGCUUCCGCCGUCACUCUCCUCCGUCCAGCUCUCGCUUUCCACAAUUCUCCUCCAGCUUUUCUCGAGACGACUCAUUCAGUCCCUAAAGUAGGACCCAUCUCCCUCGGAAUCAACCUCGUCAAAACCGAAGGCGCCGCCGCGCUUUUCUCCGGCGUCUCCGCCACACUCCUCCGUCAGACUCUCUACUCCACCACCAGGAUGGGUCUCUACGAGGUGCUGAAAAACAAAUGGACUGAUCCCGAGUCCGGUAAGCUGAGUCUCACUCGUAAAAUCGCCGCCGGAUUAGUCGGCGGCGGGAUCGGAGCCGCCGUCGGGAACCCAGCUGACGUGGCGAUGGUAAGGAUGCAAGCGGACGGGAGGCUUCCCGUCUCGGAGCGUCGUAACUACGCGGGCGUAGGAGACGCGAUCAAGAGGAUGGCGAAGCAAGAAGGCGUGGUGAGCCUGUGGCGCGGCUCGGCUCUGACGAUCAACAGGGCGAUGAUAGUGACGGCGGCGCAGCUCGCGUCGUACGAUCAGUUCAAGGAAGGGAUGGUGGAGAGCGGGGCGAUGAAAGAUGGGCUCGGGACUCACGUGGUGGCGAGUUUCGCGGCGGGGAUCGUGGCGGCUGUUGCGUCGAAUCCGGUGGAUGUGAUAAAGACGAGGGUGAUGAAUAUGAAGGUGGAGGCGCGUGGUGGGGAGGCUCAGUACAAAGGCGCGUGGGAUUGUGCGGUGAAGACGGUUAGAGCGGAAGGACCGAUGGCUCUUUAUAAAGGGUUUGUUCCUACGGUUUGUAGGCAAGGACCUUUCACUGUUGUGCUCUUUGUUACGUUGGAGCAAGUCAAGAAGCUGCUUCGUGAUUUUUGAUUAUCUUUUGGAGGUUAUGAUGAUGACGACGACUAAAGAAGAAGAAUACUAGUAGUAUUGAUUUGAUAGGGGAUUUUUGUAUUGGUUUAUUCAUUUUCGAUAUAUUCAAGCAUUGUUGUUAGAACAAAAAUCAUUUUUUUUGUUU